AUGAACAACACAGGGAAGAGCGAGGAGGACACCAAGGGAAAGGCCAAGGAGGAGGCGAAGGAAGCGGCGUCCGCCACGCCCCAGGCUUCUUCUUCUUCUUCGUCCCAACCGAAGCGGCACUUCACGCUGCUCAUCGACAAGAGCGGGAGCAUGACCACGCGCGACUGCCCCAACGGACGGAGCCGAUGGGAGCUGGCCAAGGACGCCGCCAAGGCCUUCGCCCAGGUCUGCUGCACCUUCGACGCCGACCACACCGUCGACGUUUUCUUUUUCGGAAGCCGAGGGAAGGACGAGCACAUGGCGGUGAGAUCUGGGAGCGAUAUCGAGGCCCGGUUCGCGCGAGGACCGACCGAGGGCACCUACCUGGCGGGGUGCCUUCAGAAGGCCAUCGAACUCGUGCCCUACGAUCAACUGCACACGAUCAUGGUGAUCACCGACGGAGAGGCGAGCGACAAGGGGCCGUUGGAGAAGGUGCUGGUCGAGGCAUCGCACAAGAUCGCCCGAGACGAGUGCCUGGCCAUCUCCUUCAUCCAGGUCGGGCAGGACAAGGGCGCCCGCCGAUUCCUGAAAAUGUUGGACGACGACCUCACCGGCUGCAAGUUUGAUAUUGUCGAUACCAAGGCAUGUCGCGACAGCCACUCCACCGCGCCACCGCACACACCACACAGCGAGCGAAGUGGCCUAACCGGUUGCUUUCACCAGAGCUGCGACGAGGUGGCUCAGAUUGGGCUAAUCGAGACUCUGCGGCAGGCCAUCACCGACUGA